AGCGGUCCAUUACGCGAUUCAACCCAACAACAAAUUUUGGCCCCUGACACCAUCUCGCUUUGGCAAUCAUUGUCGUUGAUGAAGCAUCCAUUACCGUUCAUUGCUAUGAAGCCUAUGAUCUCCGAAUCACUGAGAGCCGCCACCUCAUAGAGGUUCGUUUAUUCUCAUUUCCACGCUCGGAACUAAACCCUAAUCUCAAUUCUCGCGUUCUGCUUGGUCAUCACACAACGAAGUGUUGAUAAUGGCGGACGACAUGGCAACUAACGGAGAUGUGUUCGACGAUGCUGAGAUCGGCGUGGAAGGGGAAGAUGACUACGAUGUUGAGUCGAAGACACAUGCGCUGACCCAGAAGCUGGCUGCCUUGGAACAGGAAAAGCAGGAGCUGAUUCAUGAAAACGAUCUCGUGAAGGAGAGAGUCGAUAAACUGAAGAAGACAAUCGAGGAGCUUGACAGCGAGAAAGCUGAGUUGCGGAAAAAAUUGGAGAAAUCGGAGUCGGAGAACAAGGCCCUUGGAUCGGUGGCUGCUCGAGCAUCUGAGCUUGAGGGUGAGGUGGCUCGCCUGAAGCAUGAUCUCACCACUGCUACGACUAAACUAAAUGAAUCAAACUCUGAGGUGUCUAAUUUGAAGACGGCUUUGGAUAGGUUGAAAGGCAGUAAGGAAGAGAACAUAGUGAAACUUGAAGCAGUUGAGGCGGAAAGGAAUCUUCUCGUUUCAAGAUUGGAGAAGCUGGAGAGUAGUGGGAUUAAUCACUUGGCUGAGAUGGAAUCUAAGGAGAAGGAAAUUGUAUCUUUAAAGAAGGAAGUUGAGGAUUUAAAGGAUGCUUUAUUGAGAAAGAAGGAGAUAGAUAAGGAGAAGGAGGAGUUGGUGAAGGAGAAUGAGGAGCUGAAAAAGAAAACAAUAGAAAUGGCAGGGAGAGUGGCUGAAUUGGAGAAAGAGAUGAAGCAGAAGGAAAGGAAGAUUUCUGAAAGGGCUAUUGAUGGAAAUAUUAACGGGAUUGAUGGGAAGAAUUGUCAUUUUGAUCUUAAGAAAGGGUGGCCUGUUAUUGCAGGAUCUGCUGCAGCUACUAUUGCUGCAGGAUGUAUUGUGUUCUACCUACAUCAGAAGCAGAGGAAAGCUUGAAUCACUUGCAGGAUGAGGAUUUUUGUCUGACGAAGAACUUAAAUACAGUUUUGGUAGUAGCAUUGCUAUUUUGGCUUUAAUGCUCAGGGUUUCUCCUUUACUUAAUAGAUAGAGGUUUUUAUUUCCGUUGGCUAUUAAUAAGGUGAUUUGCAACUAAGGCUAAACUGGAUAGGAUGAAGCAUUUUCCAGUUAGUAUAUGCUUAAUCUUUUGAUUAACACACAAAAUGUUUGCUUAUAGUUUGCUAUGCCUGUUUAGGUGUGCUUGUCCUAUUGUUUCCAUGAGUAGUGUUUUAGCCCCCUCAUAGGUGUGUUUAAAUGUCUUUUCCUACUGUUGGUUUGAUUGCUCAGUUGGUGGAAUUCGCCUGCUGUUUACUCUUAUGUCUUAUAUUUUGUAAUAAUCUUGGCUUCCAAUGCUGAUUCUCAAAUUUGUUCUAUCUCUAGCUUCAGUUGGCUGCCC